GGCUUCGAUGAUGGUGUAAACAAAAAAUAAAGGAAGUGUGAAAAAAAUAAUUCAGAUAAAGAUAAAAUGAUUUAUUCAUUUUUAUUUGUAGCGAUUGCGUUUUUAUUAGUUAAAGAAAGCAGUUCUGAUUCUGAUGACUAUGUAAUGAAUGAGUCUAAUGGGCAUGAUUAUGGCCCACUGAAAGCCCUGAUUCAUUGUUCAUUUCUCCCGCUGGAGUUUUUAAAUUGUAGUGCGCCUGAAGAUCUGAAAGGUAAUGUCACAAAAAGAAAUGAACAAGGCUAUGGAUGCACUAAGUGGGGUGGUGAAAAGUAUGAAGAGGUCCAAAAAACAAAGGUUUGGUGCACAGCUUUGCCUGGUAUUGAAUGUUAUGGAAACAGAACAUUUCUGCGUGAUGGAUUUCCUUGCAUUAUGUACAAUGGACACUACUUUGUGACAACUUUAAUAUAUUCUGUUUUACUUGGUUUUCUUGGGAUGGACAGAUUCUGUCUUGGGCACACAGGAACUGCUGUUGGUAAGCUUCUCACCCUUGGCGGCCUAGGCAUAUGGUGGAUCAUUGAUGUGGUAUUACUUGUCACUGGGCAAUUAAAGCCAGAAGAUAAAAGUAAUUGGGUGCCUUAUUACUAAUUGACUAUAAAAAUAAUAUUUAUAUAUCAAUAAGAUACUUUUCUUACUUUAUUGUCUGCUGGCAGUCAAAAGUGCAAUAAUUUCAAGAGAAAAGAAAUGGUAGCUAGAAAAAUAUUACUAUUUAUCAAGAUGACUCUUGAAGAUUUAAAAAAUGUGAACCUAUUAUAUAGCAAACUGUUUCAUUAAUUUCAUUUUCUGGUCAUGUAUGUAUUUACAACUUUUGCUUGCUAGAUUGUUUUUGAAGAUUGUGCUGAAUGUUAAAAAAAGUUGUUUAUAUUCUAGGUUUAGUGAUAUAACCUUGUUAUGUACACUGUACACCUGUUUAUCAGGACAUAAAACAUAAUGUUGACUCUGACAGGUCAGAGAUUAAAACUGUUUAUUUACAUUGUUACAGUAACUUUACUUAUCAUCUGAGUGUAAAUAUCACAAUUUAAUAAAUCAUGCUUUGUUUUUUGAUAAUUAAAAUGUAAAAAAAAAAAAGAUAGGUUUGAGUGAAAAUAUCACUUAUAAAUAGUAUUUGAUAAAAGUUACUGUGGUUGCAUGGUCCAAUGCACUAUUGCUUAACUAAAGUAUUGAGUUCAAGCAAGUAGGAUGUCCCUGACUACACCCAGCUCUAAAGCGAAACGUGGUGUGGAAUUGACCACAUUAUCCCUUCAUAUACUUAUGUAGAGAAGGUACAGCGUUGUCAAAUAGUGGAGCUGCUUACAUGAAAGUAUCAAAUUUGGGUCCCGGGCUCAGGUUCAAUGGAUGUCCCUGAGUACAACAAAUUUUGAUAUAAAAGUAAAGGUGGCUGGGCAAAUUGCUGAACCCACUAUCAGUAUAUAUGCCAAGGUCUCUAAAACAGUUUAACUGUUUUUUAACUUCACAUGGACCAUAUUGUUUGAAAAGGUAGCAGAAACACACUAACUCAGUAUCUGCUGUAUUGAUUAUCAGGUACUUUACUUUUUUAACCACUUGAAACUCUGUUUUAAUUAUUGAUUAUUUCUCAUCAAUAUUUUACUAUUAAGUUAGACUCAAAUAUAACAAGUCAUUUCGUCCUACUAGUGUUUAAUUUAUGUCGAUCAUUAAACUGUUAAAUACUUUAUGAUUUCCUGCCUGCCUUAGCAGUCACUUUUAGAAAUACAUCCAGCUUUAUAUCUGUUAGUAGUCUGCAUGCCAAAAAUUAAAUACAUUUUAUGUCAGUUGUAGUUACCAAUGUUUUUGUAUAUUAACACAUUUUUUGUAAUAACAUAAGGAUGAAUACUUACUUAAAUACUGACAGUAUUAAUAAGUAUUCUUAUUUAGCUAUUUCAAAAACUUAUUUUUGUGAUCAUCUUCUUUCAUUAGGAUUUAGUUAGAAAUCUCAACUGUAUAAAGUUUCAUUUAACAAUAAAGUUACACCCAAGCCUUUAACAUUCCUAUGUAUAUAUUUUUUAUGACAUUCUAGUUAAAUAGACAAGGAAGCAAUUUUAUUAGAAAAAUAAUUUAUUAUUUAUUUCCCA